AUGAAUCGUGCUACUAGUUACGACGAUAAGGUCCAUUGCAUUGCUGAUCUCGAAUAUGAGGCUAAUAAAAAGCUUGCACCUAUGGUCCGCGACUUCUAUAAUGGAGGAUCAAUGGAUCUUAAUACUCUUAAAGAAAAUAAAUCUGCGUAUGACCGUUACCGUUUAAGACCAAGGGUAAUGGUAGACGUCACUGAAGUUGACACUAGCACUGCUUGUUUAGGAUCUAAUGUUGCAUUUCCGUUGGGGUUCUCUCACUCUGCUAACCAUGGUUUAGCUCAUCCGGAUGCUGAACGAGGAACCUCUAGAGCUGCUGCAAAAAAGAGAAUUAACAUGGUACUUUCAAGCUGGUCUAAUACAUCACCAAAAGUGGUUGCUGAACAGGGUAGAGAUGCUGAAAUCUCAUAUGCGCAACAAUUGAGUGCGGUUAAAGACGAAGAGACAAAUAUGUCAAUUAUCCGUAAUGCUGAAGAGACAGGCUACAAAGCUAUUUUCUUGAGUGUAGAUUGUCCAUGGUUAGGCAGAAGGCUUAAUGAGAUGAAAAAUACUUUUGCUUUACCAUCACAUUGUACUUUUCCAUGCUAUCCAUUUAUUAAUGGGGACAAUAUGGUGAGUGGUGAUAAUCGUACCCAAUAUGAAACCAACCUCACUUGGUCUUAUAUUCAAGACUUGAAGAAGAAAACCAAAUUGCAAAUUUGGCUUAAAGGAAUCCUUACCGCAGAAGACGCAGAAUUGGCUAUUAAUGCUGGAGCAGAUGGUAUUGUUGUAUCAAAUCACGGUGGAAGACAACUUGAUGGAGCGUUGUCCACUUUAGAUGCCUUGCCAGAUGUCGUUGCAGCAGUUAAUGGAAGAAUCCCAGUUCACAUUGAUGGAGGUAUUAGAAGGGGAAGUGAUAUUUUUAAAGCUCUUGCCUUAGGUGCUGAUCAUUGCUGGGUUGGGCGUAUUGCACUUUGGGGCCUUGCUUACAAGGGAGAAGAAGGUGUUUCUAUCGCAUUGAAUAUUUUGCAUGAUGAAUUCCGUUUAGUCAUGGCGCUAAUGGGUUGCAUUUCUGUCAAGGAUAUCAAACCAGAGCAUCUCGCUAGGAUGUCUGAAGAUGGUAGAUUCCACAAGCUCACUCGUACGGUUGAGGCUAAAUUGUAA